AAAACGCAAAAAAAAGCUUAUCUUCUCUAGUGAGGAGGAUUGCAAAAAAAAAGAAGAUCAAAAGUGGCCGAAAGAGCACAAAACUCUAAUGGCAUCUCUCUCCAUGGCUUCCGUUAACCUUAGUUUCUCUCCUUUACGUGUUUCCCCAAAGGUUUCAACUCACGGCUCCGUCCAAUUCGCUCGAUUCAAUCUUGGCUCAACACAUUGCAUCUCGGGGCUUCGUGCGGUUCUUCCUCAGAAGAUAUCAACAGUCGUUUCUCAGAAUCCUCAAAGGCUUCGGGUGGUUACUGUUUUCGCUCAUAAGGGCUAUAAGAUGAAAACACACAAGGCGUCAGCGAAACGGUUUAGAGUAACGGGAAGGGGGAAGAUAGUGAGGAGGAGAUCCGGGAAGCAGCACUUGUUAGCUAAGAAGAACAAUAAGAGGAAGCUCCGUCUUUCCAAAAUGCACGAAGUUAGCAGGAGCGACUAUGACAACGUGAUCGGAGCUCUUCCAUACCUGAAAGUCAAUCGGAAGGCGACUUAAAACAAAAGCCUUGGGAUGGAUGAUCCUUUUUUUUACCUGUAUUUCUCAUUCUGUAAUUUAACUUGUGAUUAAAGAAAAAAAACUUUUGUGAUUAUUUUGGCUAAUAAGUUUCGCAUUUGUGUCUUCUUCCUUUUCGUUUUCUUGUCUGUCAUGACAAAGAUUUUGUGGAUAGGACACAAGUUGUUCGUGUACUCAUAUCCUAGAAGCAUACAUGUCCUAUCAAUGGUAAGCAUGUAUGGUUUGGAUCCACCUUGUUCACCCACAACAUAAGGGUUCUAAGCCACAAGCUAUUGUUG